CCCUUGACUCGUUCUUUCAUCAUCAUAUUUCGCCCACCCGCAUGGCUCAGAAGUUGACUCGCGCCCAACAGUUGAAAGAUACGGCCAACGCUUCAUUCGUCAAGAAAGAAUACAAAGCUGCAAGUGCGAAGUACAGCGAAGCUAUCUCCCUCGAAGUCGACGACAAGGACCUGAACGCAGUUCUUUAUGCCAACCGUUCAGCAUGUCGUCUUAACCAGAGGAAAUUUCUUGACGCAGCCACCGACGCCAUCAAGGCUACAGAGCUGAAUCCGACAUAUGCGAAAGCGUGGGCAAGGCUAGCCACUGCGAAAGACAUGUUAAAGCAACCAUCGGAGAGCAAAAGCGCAUGGCAAAAAGCCGUCAACGCUCUUCAAAGAACCGAUCUCACCGAUGACGAGCUCAAACAGAAAGGACAAUACGAACGUGGCCUCGCCGACGCGGAGGAGGCUUUGAAAAGGGCAAAGGCUGAUUUAAACAACCAGUUCGAGAACCCUGUGGUCGUCAAAGAGUGCGAAGCACCAUGGAAUAUUGCAUUCGGAUUGAUCCCUCGACUUGAACGAGAGAAAAACUUCGAAAGCAGCGCAUGGGUAAUAGCAAGUGCCUAUACCUAUCUCGAACAAGGCAAUAUGAAGAUGGACAGUAUGGUGAAUGAUGGAGAGCAGACCACAGUGCAGCUUCGAGCCCUCGAGCCACUUUCGAACGCGAUCAUGACCGAUCCACGCGUAUUCCAUCUCGCAAAAUCUGAAUGGAUUUCUCAGCUCAACGAGCAACUUAACGCGGAGGUGAUGGUCCACGGUGGGUGGAAAGACGCUGGACCUGCACAGAUUAUAUCGGAGGCAAAUGCUCGAUUGGCGAAGGAAGGCUGGGACAAAGUCCGACCUGCGCUUAGUGUAACGAUUCGCGCCUUCAUUCUGUAUGCUUUCGUGGAAGGAAAGCUUUUGAGAAAUUUUACCACUGAGGUUCAAUAUCUUGGCCGUGCGAUUGAAGUCUUGGAACGUGGUCAGAAAGAAUGGGAACAUGUAUCAUUCAAGGAUCGUGGCGCCAUCUUUCGGGACACGUUCAAACGUGGUGUGGAUAAGUUAUAUAUGGACUCACUUAGAGAGCUUCACGACACGGAACAGGAUCCUCAUGUACAAGCGUCGAUAUUGGAAGAACUGUACGAGAAAUCGAAAUCCAUGAUCGAAAGCGUCAACAACAGUCCUCCGCCGACCCGUGAGCUCGAUCCUGCAUUUGCUGCCGCAUACUAUUAUCAUGCAAGGGGAAAUGCAUAUGCUCAUCAAGCUUUCUGUUGCAGCAGGAGAGGGAGUCAGCUAACCGAUUCAAAAGAAGGCUUGACACUUCUCCAAGGGGCAGGCUUUUCUUAUUUGAAGGCCGCAGAUGAGUUUCCUGAGGACGACGAAUGGCACACCGUUUAUCUCACCGCUGCAGUUGAAAACAUGUUGGAAGGCGGAGCCGCUGUUGGUCUGGUUCUCGAAACCCUGAAACGACUCCGUCUGGCAAUCCCGGUGGCCGAAAAGAUAUGGGGUGCUGUGAUGUCGAGAGCUGGGUAUAAGUACCGCUUCCAACGCGCAUUAGAAUUCGAACCUAAACUUCAACGUCUCCUGGAUGAAGGAAAGAUCAUGAAGGAUUAUGGGAUGUGUAUCAACCUUUCCUCUGCGUCUGCUGGAGGAUCUUUUGGAGACGAAUCAUUCUCGGUGGAUCUUUCCAAGAUAUAAUAUGACAAUUACUGUACCGAUAUGGUUGAUUCCUUCUUGCCUGUAAAUAUAUUUGUAACAUUGAUAUAAAUCGUUUGGCUACAAA